CUCCUGAGAGGGGCCUUAGCACGGGGUCCGCAGGCCACCUGCUGGCCGACAUCCUGUCCGCCCCACAAGGUGGCGGUGUGGUCUGCACAGCACCCUCAGGGAAGUGGCUGCAGCUGUGUGAGUCAGAAGCCGCCAGGGCCUUGGCCACAGUUUCCAGUUCCUGUCUGAUUAGCAGGAAAUGCCAGGUCUUCCUUCUUGUCCUCCAGGCGUCUGUGGCGCUGGGCCCCUGAGUUCUGGAGGUGCGGAUUCCAGAGCCCACGUCUCUCUGAAGAGGGUCCAAGGAGACUCCGUGUUGUUCCACGUGACUCGGGAGCUGGAAGGAGACGCAGAAGCUCAGCUGGAGGAAAUGGUGUGGAGCUUUGGCCCCGAGACCACCUACAGAGUCCUGCUGCGAGUGGUCAGCGGUGGGGGCCUGCCAACCUGGGUCAACCUCCAGGACAAGUACAGGCACAGGGCCCAUGCGCACAAUAUGACGUCCCUGCUCAUUGCGAACCUGACCCGUGAGGACAGUGGGCAGUACCGGGCUCGAGCCAGCUUCACUGGAGGAGGGGGAUUUACCCGGGUGUUCCAGCUCACUGUCUACGAGCCAGUGCCCCUCCCCCAGAUCGUGGCUAAGUCACUGUCUGUCACAGCUGACUGGUGCAACAUCACUCUGGAGUGCAGAGCCGUGGGGGCCUCAGAGGACCUGAAUUUGACCUGGUGGCACAGUGACCUCCCCAGGAAGUGGCAGCAGACAAGGACCCUGGGACCAGGCCCCAGCGUCUGGCCCCUGGCUGUGCGGCUGCCCCUGGACCAGGCCAACACCAGCCUCACCUGUAACGCCAGCAACCAGGUGGACAUGAAAAUUGCCACCACCACCCUGGGAGACGUCUGUGCCCAAGGUGAGCAUAAUGUGCCUGGGGAAAGGUAGCACUAGGGUCCCUGCAGACUUACAGCACACCUCCCACCUGGUCACAUACACAGAGCGGCUGUGAGUCAUACCCAACUUGUGUCUGCAUUUAAAUGUCUCUCACCGUCUACCCUCCUCUGCACCCUGGCCCCUGCUGACCCAGGAGGAAACCUUCCUCCCACCCCCACCAUCACCCAGAGCCGUCUUCUGGACACAGAACCUGGAUUGUGUCAUUUCCUGUGACGUCUGUGGGAUUGGUCUCCAGGGGCUCCCUGAGGAAUUCCUUGGGGGAUGUCCCCCACCCGCGUAUCUGACCUCACUCA